CUUCAAGAAUCUUUUGACUUUUGGCAUUGUUCCUUCAUUUGGAGUGGAAGAACAAUCUAGGAGAUGUGCGCGCGCAGAAGAUUGAGAUGAAAAUGUAAAAGAAAAAGGGGCUAAUCAAAUCGUGUAACUAUUUCUUUUCUUUUCAUUGCAAUCGCAAUUUUAAAAUUGUAUAUAUCCAGAUGAACUCCGUAAAAUGCUCCGUGGUAAAGGCAGUAAAUAACCCGAGGAAGGGUGAUAAAGGAAACAAAUUAUAUAUAAAAAAGAUCUUAAUCCUCAUCGAUGGAUUCCCAUCCAUCUUGACCCAUCUCCCCACCCCCCUCAGCCGCAUCGGAAUCAUCAGAAUCACUGUCAUUCUGUGAUAUGCCAAUCAUCCGUUCCCUAACUUCCUCCCCCGCUGAGGGCCCCAAGCGCGCAGAAAAAGCUCUGCGCACAGCUGCAUUCGUAGACGUAUCCCAGAUCUGCACCACCCCUUUACUCCCCGCAACCGCAAGACGGAAACUAACCUCCUGAUCUGGCGCAAACGUUGUGGAGAAGACCUUGCCAACUUCAAGUUUCCGCGAAACAACCAUAUUGGGUUUAUUAUCCUGCACGUUCCAGAGCUUGACUUGCUUGUCAGUCGAGCCAGUAACGAGGAAGCCAGGUAUAGUUGGGUUGAUGUCGAAGGACGAAACGGAUGAGUCGUGCGCUUGUAGCAUCCAUACUGCCUUUGGGUUUUCUGGCUGGGCGGACGCUUGUCGGACGUCGUGGCAGUACACCAUCCCGCCGUCGGUGGUGACAUAGAAGAAAUUGGGAUCGUGUGGGUCCCAUCGAACGUUCUCGACGUCGCUUUCAACUCGCCAUCUAGCAGCCUUCGCGUCUGGGGUUCUCAUGUCAGCAGCUACAACGGUCCUAUCGUAACUCCCGCUUAAAAGGACUGUUGAUUCCUUCGGGUGCCAGUCCAAGGCACAGAUUUUAUCGGUAUGGUUGGUAUAAGACUUUGCACAUUUGGUUGUAUUCAGGUCCCAUAGCUUGACAGUCUGAUCCGCUGAGGCGGACGCGAGAAGGUUGCGAUGCUGUCUGUUAGCUGCCAAAGCAAGGACGGAGUCCACAUGGUACUCGUCAUUCGCUUUCUUGGGCUUUGUCGUCUUCUUCUUCUUCUUCGUGCCUGCCUCCGAGCUUUCCUCUUGGCCGCCUUGGCCUAGGAUGGCAUUUGGAUACAUGCAGUCCACAAUAUCUAGGUCCCAGAUUUCGAUAUCUGGCUCCAUCGUGCCUACUGCGACAAAGUUGCCGUACGUUCUGUUUUCUGAGUUCCUGCCAACGGGUAUAUCCAACCACUCCAGGCACAAUGGGAUUGCUGGCAACAUGACAUCGUGAUGUACGUAGAGAUUAUCUGCCUCGUCUUCGUAGACAUAGACUUCCAUGUGUGCGACUUCAUCUUCCACCUUAGCGGCCAGAAGAAGAUUAUCCGUGGGUAGAAUCUGUAACUCUUCUCUCUCGUCGUCCUCGUCAUCGUCAACUCCCUCUGGGACAACUAGAUAUGGAUCCUCCUCGUUAGGUUGGUGGUACGCAAGCGACCUGAUAUUUCCGAACAUGGUGACCUUUUCGCCAUCUUCAUCUACAGGGUCACUGUCAUAAUUAUCGAGGUCGUAUUCCUUCAGAUCGUCAUCAUCGAUGCUAUCGCCUUUCUUGCCAUCACUGCUAGACACAGACAUGAGUUAGCAAGCGAACGCGAACCCCUGAGCAUUGGGAGAAAUGUACCCGUUUGUCUUCUCCUUUCCCUUUCCCUCCCCACUUGACUUUGCAGAAUUCUUUUCAACCUCCUCUUCCCCUUCCUUUUCCACUUCCAUCUCGUCCUUGCCAUUUUUAUUCUGCGCUUGUUUUAAAUCCAUCUUCGCACCCUCGAGCUGAAGCUUCGCGAGCUCCGAUAUUCGAUUGAUCUCCUCUUCGUCGAUUUCAUAUUUUUCUGGGAAUGGCGCAGCCACACCGCGGCGCACCCAUGUAGUUGCUGUUAUCAUAGACAUCUCGCAGGACUUCGAAGGUGAAAAUUUACGGGGGUGAUAUUUAAAUUAUUGCAAGAAUAUGGCGGGCAGGGGAGAAGGAGGAGCGGUGAAAAGCCCUACUUAGCACGCCUGUUUCGAAGGGAUAAAACACUUCCUCUUCCUGAAGUUAGUUACAAAAUAAUAACUCCGGAAUAGAGAAAAUAAAUAUCCAAAGAAGAACGUCGCUUACCGCACUCCGCUUUUUGCUGACCCCGAAUGGUCGCUCAACUUUUUUUUUUUUUUUACUAUGCAUGUGCGGGACAAACCGUUCUCUCACCGCCUGGCAGAAUAUUCGGAAGCUUGGCGCUAAAGCCAAAUGGACGGCGGAGAGAACUGUUCGUCUCAAACCAUCAAGCAAUGCAACGAACACCUUCCCGCAACUCCGCUAAUACCGACGUCUUACUCCUUAAUCCAUUCGCUGAGAAACCAAAUCAUUGCCCAAGGCGGCGAGACCCGUUUUAUAUAAACAAAAAAAUGCAUUCUCACCUCCACACCAAAGAUAAUACCAAUUGCACGGAGAUUAUGACCAUGCUCGACAAAUGCCAUGCUCAGGGAUUCCUCCACAAAGCGUUUGCCGGGUGCAAUGAAAUCAAACGAGAGGUAAACCGGUGUCUCGGAGCGGAAAGAUAUCGGCGCGCUCAAAACAAUCGGGAUAAGGCGCGGGAGGACCGGAGACGGAUUGAGGAGGUAUGGAAGAAGGACGAUGAGCUGUGAGGAGAAGCAUUUUAUACUACAGCCCUACCAUGGUCCAUUGGGAACAGUUGAGGGAGGAGUCGAUUUUUCAGGACGAACGACAUAUCCAGAGCUGGGGGUGUUUUUGGCGUUUGGUCAUAUGUGAUUUGCAAUAUGUACGCCACUGGUUCCAAUCUAAUCCUUUCCAAAGAUGUAUUUAUUUGUUGGACUCUCUUCUCCAAGCACGAUUGAUCGGAAAUGCAGGGAUAUAUUCCUGUGUGAAUAAUCCACCGCCUGUCGCUCUCAGUAAUUAUUGUAUUUAUACAUGUAUAUAAUAUAUAUACCCUUUAGUCCAAACGGGAUUAUAAAUUUCCACUUUCCAGAAUACUGCUAUGUAACUCCUCAGGAGGGGUAAGUACGCCGCAAUUGAAUAUUACACAUUAUAAAUCAUUUUUAUUCCGUCAAACAUCACGAUUCAACA